ACGUGAGGAGUCAGGUUUCAGCUUUGUGAGGGCCCCUGGAGUCCCGACGCACUGAAGCUGCCUUUGUUUGACUGGGAACCAGAGAGUGAGAGAGAGAGAGAGCAAGAGAAAGGAGGAGGAGAGUCCGAGGAUUUUAGUUUGGAGUAAGUGGGGGAGAGAGAGGCAGAGUGGGCUCCAUCUCUCUCUCACUCUACUAUCACUCUCACACAUGAACAGGGCAAGUUUACUGUGGAUCUAAGCUCAUCAUCACUGAAGAUGUCUUCACGCAUUCCUCCCUGGUUCUUUGGAUUAUUUCUGCUAGUCCUCUGGUUCUGCUGUCGUCACUCCUCUGCCUAUCAGCUGCUGGACGACCGUGGUUCUCAGGGAGCCUUGGACCUUACAGAGUUGAUCGGCGUUCCCCUCCCCCCCUCUGUCUCCUUUGUUACGGGGUUUGAGGGUUACCCUGCCUACAGCUUCGGACCGGAUGCCAACGUGGGACGCCUCACAAAGUCAUUCAUCCCAGACCCAUUUUAUUAUGACUUUGCCGUCACGGUCAUCGCUAAACCCACCACACGGCGUGGUGGUGUGCUGUUUGCCGUCACAGAUGCUUAUCAAAAAAUUGUACACUUAGGUAUAGCAUUGUCAGAAGUGGAGGAUGGUUCCCAGAGAGUUGUACUGUACUACACUGAUCCAGGAACGACAGGUGGGACCCAAGAAGCAGCUUCCUUCAAAAUGGGAGAGAUGACAGGAAGAUGGGCGAGGUUUACCCUGACCGUACAGGGGGCAGAGGUGCGUCUCUACAUGGACUGUGAGGAAUACCACAGAGUUGCCUUCACCAGGAGUCCUCAGCCUCUGACCUUUGAGGCCAGCUCAGGGAUCUUUGUAGGAAACGCAGGGGGUACAGGUCUGCCGAGGUUUGUGGGCUCCAUCCAGCAGCUGGUGUUGAAGUCAGAUCCCACGGCCCCAGAUGACCAGUGUGAGGAGGACGAUCCUUAUGCCUCUGGAUAUGGAAGCGGUGAUGAUGCUUAUGAGGACAUUGAAGACAGAGAAGAAGUGAAGAAGAUUGUAGAGGAGAGAGAGUACACCAUGCCACUCCCAGAGCUGGACCCAACUUACAGCACCUCAGUCCGAGCUCCACCCACUGAGAUGUCACCACGUGGUGAUGAUGAGGAUGAAGACACUGAGGAGACUUCUGGACAGGAGGAGGAGAUGACCACAGUUAUAGUCCGAUCAUCUCAGACAACCACUCCAGCCUCCAUACUGGACACUUCCCUCCAGGUGUAUCCAGGGCAGAAAGGAGAGCGAGGGGAGCCAGGUCCAGCUGGUCCCCCAGGACCCCCUGGCCCUCCAGGACAGGCCUCAGGAGAGGGAGGAGCAGGGGAGCCAGGACCGCGGGGUCCACAAGGGCCACAGGGAUCUUCAGGCCCACCUGGAGCACCAGGGAAAGAUGGAGAGCCUGGAAGCAAAGGUGAACCUGGUUUGCCAGGAGCGACUGGGAUUCCAGGUUUCCCAGGACUUCAAGGCGAGCCUGGUCCCAAGGGAGAUAAGGGUGAUCCUGGUGUUGGAUUACCAGGUCCUCCAGGGCCUCCUGGACCUCCAGGUCGAGCAAAGGCUUCCAUGUUCCUGGAGGGGUCGGGAUUUGAAGACUUUGACAGUGAUGCAGAAAUCAUUAGGGGGCCUCCAGGGCCUCCUGGCCCCCCAGGACAGCCAGGUCCCCCAGGGUCCCCAUCUGAAGACAUAAUUCACAGACCACCUGGGGCCCCUGGGAAAGAUGGGAAGGAUGGACAGAAGGGUGAACCUGGACUCCCUGGAGUUGAUGGAAAAGAUGGAGAUCCAGGGCCUGCAGGGGAGAAAGGAGACAAGGGAGAGCCUGGUGUUAGUGGGCAACCAGGACCAAAGGGAGAUCAAGGCCCUCCAGGGUUUCCAGGUCUUCCAGGGUCAGAGGGUCCAGAAGGGCAGCCUGGCCCCAGGGGUCCAUCUGGCCCACCUGGGCCCCCAGGACCCCCUGGAAGAAGCUUCACCUUUGACUUUGAGGACUUGGAGGGAUCUGCAAUGCAGAGUGGUUUUGGAGCUGCACUCUCCAGAGGCCCACAGGGUCCUCCUGGAAUCCCUGGAAUUCCAGGACCCAAGGGUAAAGAUGGUUUAGAUGGCUCUCCAGGAAAGCCAGGGCAAAAGGGGGAGCCAGGUGUUAUAGGACGACCAGGAUUUCCAGGACUGGAGGGACUAAAAGGGGCAGAGGGACCGAAGGGGGACAAAGGUGAUCCAGGACAAAAGGGUGAGGCGGGACGGGACGGACUCAGUAUUCCUGGCCCUCCAGGACCACCUGGGCCACCAGGACCUGUUAUCAAUCUCCAGGAUCUUCUACUAAAUGAUACAGAUGGUGCUUUCAACUUCUCAGGGAUUUUUGAAGCUCAGGGACCUGCUGGACCACAGGGUCCAAAAGGUGACAUUGGGUUCCCAGGUGUUCAAGGACCUCCAGGACAGAAAGGUGAAAGGGGCGAGCCAGGGUUUAUCACUGCAGCAGAUGGAUCUAUGAUGUCAGGCCUGGUUGGUCCAGGAGGGCCCAAAGGAGUCAAGGGAGAUAAUGGUGUACCUGGACCUCCUGGAGUUACAGGACCUAUGGGACCUCCAGGAAUAAAGGGAGAAUUUGGUUUUCCUGGAAGACCUGGUCGUCCAGGCCUGAUGGGACCAAAAGGAGAGAGAGGGGACUCUGUGGGGCUGCCGGGACCUCCUGGCCCUCCUGGACCACCGGGCCGCCCAGGAAUAUUCAACUGCCCCAAAGGAACAGUGUUUCCCAUCCCUCCAAGACCCCACUGCAAAAUGGCUAACUGUUCAAGGCUUGUUCCAACAUAUUCCUGCAUGCUGCAUGUCCAGUCUGGAAAGAUGAAGGCUCAGUGCCAAAAACUAAAUAAGCUGAAUCCUGAUGGUUCCAUUGCAGUUGGUAACUGUCAGACGGGACUAAAAGGUGAUAAAGGAGAGAGGGGCCUUCCUGGGAUGCCAGCUCCACUAAGUACAUAUCUGCCCAGAGGAGGCUGGGGGACAAGAGGUGACCAGGGUAUCAAGGGGGAGAAGGGAGACAAGGGGGAGGCUGGUAUGCCAGGGCUACCAGGUAUCCCAGGGAGACAAGGACUGGUGGGACCCAAAGGAGAGUCAGUGCUUGGUCCUCCAGGCCGCCCUGGGGUGCCAGGCUCACCUGGUAUCCCAGGCUAUGGGAGACCAGGUCCUGUCGGUCCUCCUGGGCCACCAGGGCCUCCAGGAGCCCCUGGGUCACCCUCAAGAUAUGGCUCAGCUCUGACCAUCGCUGGCCCCCCUGGACCUCCAGGACCACCUGGUCCUCCUGGACCUUUGGGCAACACAGCAUCUCUGAAAACAUUCUCCAGCCGUGAGACUAUGAUGCAGCACACCGCCAGAGAUGCAGAGGGAACUCUGACAUACGUCACGACAACAGGAAGUCUCUUCCUCAAGGUUUCCCAGGGAUGGAAAGAGAUACAGCUUGGCAGUCUGAUCUACCUCCCCAAUAAUAUCAUACCACAAGAUGAGCCUCGAGUUGCAUAUCAGAUAAGAGGAGACACGAUGGAGAGAAUAAGUUCAGUUAAAGAGAGGCUCAACCUCGUGGCCUUGAACCAGCCCCAUACAGGGGACAUGAUGGGGCUCGACGUGGUUGACCGGAUGUGUUACGAGCAGGCCAAGGCGAUGGGUUUGCCUCCAAACUACCGUGCUUUCAUUUCAUCCCACAGGCAAGACCUGGUCCACGUGGUCUACCCUGGUUUCCGUGAAACUCUGCCAGUUACCAACCUCAGGGGAGAUGUGAUGUUUAGGAACUGGCGGUCAGUCUUCAAUGGUGAUGGGGGCCCAAUCAAUUCCAGGAUACCCAUCUACUCCUUUGAUGGCCGGGAUGUUUUAGCUGACCCCUUCUGGCCUCAGAAGAGCAUCUGGCACGGCUCCACCAGCAGGGGUCUCAGAGUGGUUGACAAACACUGUGAGAUGUGGCGAGCGGACCACAUGUCCGUCAUGGGCCAGUCAUCCAGCCUGACCUCAGGUCUGCUCCUGGGCCAGCAGACACGAAGCUGUUCCAACGAGUACAUUGUCCUUUGCAUUGAGACCCACAAAAACCCUUAACAACCCCCCCCCAAUACCACUCCACCAAGGAUCCCAUCCCAGCCACCGUAAAUGUUACACACUCUGGUAAAAGAUUUGUGUCCGUCAUUUUCAGCACAUCACUGGUGCUAUGUGUAGCAUUUUGUGGCUUUAAAACACCCUUUCUUUCACAAAGAGGAUGUUGAUACUUAUUUUUCUUCUUCUGACAUCACUCUGUUCUUUCUGAGGAAUGAGGAGAUUAAGAUGCAGUAAUUCUUGACAACAGCAAAGAUGUAUACUGGGAAGGUAAGCUACAUGAAGAUGAUGCUACGCUGUUGAAAUGGAAUUCGUUUUGUGGAUUUCUUUCCAAGUUAUUGUAAAGUAAUGUAAUAGAUUUCCAGUUGACUUCAGUGUUAUGGCACAUAAUGUAAAAUACAACACAGAGCCUGAUGGAGGCCACCAUUCCUCUUAGUUAUAGUCAUAUUAAUUCAUGGAAAUAAUACAGCCCUCUCAGAGUGAAUGUGGUAACAGUUUAUUCAUGUUAAAAUGAUACACACAGCACCUUUAAAAACAAAGACUCAGUUGCAACAAGAUAUACUUGUGUCACUCUGCAAGAAUCAAACAUAGAGUAACAGUGGCUUCACAUAGUCACCCAGGUGUGUUGAGGAUAAGACGUCUCUUUCACAAGUGUCUUUUCAUUCUUGAGAAGAAUGGAAGUAGAGACUGAGGACACGUGUGGCUGCAGGAAUAUGCACCUAAAAUGUGGUAGUUUUUACAAAUGAUAGAUUUCCAAAGACUUUUGUGAUGAAAGUAUAAAAGGCUACUUUCAUUGUUUUGUUUACAGGUUGUCAUGGAUGUUUUUUCAGGAGACGUUUACUCAAUAUUUCAAAUGCCAGAGCUUUCCACAACUUACAUUGCCCUUUGUCCAACAGCAGGACAACCAGACAACCAGUGUUGCCACCAAAGUAAUUUUUAAUGCACUGUACUUUUUCAUUUUAAAGAUAUUUUUAGUUCAACAUUUUCAUCCAUGUGUUGUCUGUGUUGUAGCUUCUCAUACACCUUGGUGAUCUCACUCCUUAGCAGCUCUGUCUCUUAAUAGGCUAUUUAAUUUAAAUUCAAUGAUUUAUUUAUACCGUCACAGCACAUAACAUGAAAUCAAAUGAUUAAAUUUAAGAAUGUAAUUUAUCGUUUGUUGUUUGUCAGAUUGUUUCUUCUCACUGUUUUGCCUUUCUUCUGUUUUCUGUACAGUGUUUUUUUUAAAGUUGAUUUGUGGAUAAUGUUGACAAGUCAAAGCUAAAUUUCACUUAGUGUAGGCAUACAACUGAAACAAGUAAAAUAUCUUCAUGUUGAAAAACAAUACUCUUUAAAGAAAUUCCAUGAGCAAAAGUGAGAGCACAUGUUUUUGUAUAAAUAUUGGUUCUUUGUUGAAUAAAGUCUUUUCUUUUCAUAA